ACCAACAUGGCGAAGAAACAACGUGGGAAAACAACUUCACAGUCAAAGACGGCGAAUAACGAAAAACAGGAAGAAAAUUUCACUUUAAUGCUCGAGUCCAGUGACGAUGAAGCGCCCGAAGAGGUGACAUUUGAAGACUCGAAGGCUCAGGCUCUACGGAGCAUGAAACGGGCGCUGGAUACAGCCAGGAGGGAAAAAGAGCUGCUGAAGGAGAAGAGGAGGAAAAGGCAGGAGCUGUUCCAGGAACAGAAGAAAAGAAAACUCUUACCGGACGACCUGUUGGAAGAAAUUGACUCAGCUUCUUCAAAGAAACAGAAACAGUCUGAAGAUGAAGCUGAAGAGGAGCGUCAGGAAGAUGAUGAGGAAGAGAGCAGGAAGAAGAAAAAGAAGAGGAGUGGGAAAUUUGUACAUGCUCGAAAUCUGAAGGGAAACUACACGGUGGCGACGAUGAAGGAGGAGCGAGCGUCGGCGUCCUUUCAGCAGCAGGCGGCCAAGGAUUUCAUCCAGUCCAGACUGUACGGACCAGGAAGCUGCAGGACCACAAGUAACGAGCUGCUCUCCCUCCAGAACAAGAAGGGCAGGAACAAAAGUGCAGCUGUGCAGUUUGUCAAGAAAGACUGGGCCUGUAAGGAAAAAGCCAAAGCAGAGAAGCUGAAGAAGAGGUGGGUCCACAAGCAGCAGAUUCCCUCCUGCUGACCGGUCGUCUCCACAGACCUCCGCCGGGGCCUGCAGACCUCCACUGCACCGGCAGCACGUUGGAUUUUUAAUGGACAACAAACACGGCCGACCGUCAGAAACACAGAGGAAGAGGUUGUUUAAAUUUAGGCCGGGACACUGACUGAAUGUGGGAACAGAAGCGGCCUCAGUCCCCUGGUUUAUCACCAGGACUCAGACAAAAGAUGUGCAGGCGCAAACAGAUGGGGGAGUGAGAUUACACCAAAAUAAAAGUCCUUUGUUUUCAUAGCCAGAGGCUCCUCUUCGUCUUUAUAAACUGGGACGUUUCCUCGCAUCAACUCUUUGCUGAGUUUCUUAAACAGCAGAACAUGUGGAGAUACAGUUGUUCAGGGUUUAUCUCAUGAUUUGUUUUAUCUAUGAUGAUGACAUUUACUUCAUACUCAGUUAAUUGCUGAGAUGUAAGAAUCAGAUGACCUGUUCCCUUUUUUCUGUUCAACAACUGUAUUGAUAAAUGCUUGUUGUUAUAUCUGUAUCUUUAAAUAUGUUUUAUAAAAACUAAAUAAAGGCUUGAGUGUACACACACA